AUGGAGGCCAGAGCUACAGAACUAUUAGGCACUUUGAAAAACCCAAACGUCUCGGUUGACGCCAAAAUCGCGGCGCUCACAAAUGUCAAAUCCGAUAUCAAGCAGAAAAAUGUUCCCGAACCAGCGGUCCUCCCCCUUUUCGAAUCUUUGCGCGUAGCAAUCUCCGCUCAGCACUCCUCUCUAUCAUCCGCGGGGUUUUCUACCCUCGCUCAUCUGCUAAAGCGACUUUACAUACAAGAAAAUCAUCACCUAGUGCUCUUUCACGCCCGCCAAUUAUACCCGAUAUGUUUAGAGCGCCUCGGAGACCACAAAGAGCGCCUUCGCGCUCAAGCUUCCCAGGCUUUCACCGAUCUAUGGAUUGCCGCUCCACAAGACGUGGAGGCGCAUGUUCUUGGGACUGCUCUAGUUGGCAAAAAUGCGCGAGCCAGGGAAAUGAGCAUGAUAUGGCUGGCUACUAUGACCAGGGAGCACAACAUCUUGUUCCGCUCACACGUGCCGUCACUUGUUGCCGCACUAGAGGACGCUGAUAGCGGCGUUCGAGAUACUGCAAAGACUACGAUCAUUGAAAUUUUCCAAAAUGCCCCAUCCCGAGCUAAAUCGGACCUGAAGCGGCAACUCUCCGAACAUGGUGUUCGAAAGUCCAUCGUUGCGGCAAUUAUCUCGAACCUAGGUCUUUCCGACCACGAUGUAUUAGCAAGCAGCCGCUCGGAGACACGUCGUCCUGCAAGUAGUCUUGCGGUUUCCCGUCACCGUGACGACCCGCCUCGACCGACUUCUGUCCUAUCUCAACGUCCACAGAGCCGGGCUGCCAUUGCACGAGAAGACCCUGAACAUACGCUUCGACCAGCCCUGAAAGUUGACCUUCAUUCGGGAUUAUCCCACAGUAUCAGUACUGACUCACUAGCUGGUUCGGCCGCUGCUGCUUUGGAAGGCGAAUAUAUUGAGCCCAUUUUCGUGGACUCAAACCGUGAUAUAGAUGAUAUGAUACGAAAUAUGCUGCCGCACUUUGAGGGUAGAGAAACAGAGCACAAUUGGGUACCUCGUGAAAAGUCGAUAGAGACCCUUCGAAAGCUCGUGCGCGGCAAUGCUCCGCAAGCAUACUCUCAACAUUUCCUCGCUGGCAUCAAAAGCCUUCUUGAUGGAAUUUUGAAAGUAGUCAACUCUCUGCGAACAACUCUAUCUACUGCAGGCUGCCUUCUUCUACAAGAGAUUGCAAAAAUAUGCGGACCAGCGAUCGAUAAUAUGGUCGAGCUCUUAAUGCAGAAUAUGAUUAAGGUAUGUGCUGGAAUGAAGAAAAUCAGUGCACAGAACGGCAAUGCCACCGUCGAUGCCAUCAUCCAGAACGUGACAUAUGUUCCUCGCAUCCUUCAGCAUCUGUCUUUUGCUUGCCAAGACAAAAAUGUCCAGCCCCGUCUGUUCGCUGCAGGUUGGCUAAAGACCCUGCUUAAAAAGCAGGCCCGCCACAAGAGCUCCAUAGAGCAUGGUGGUGGUCUUGAUCUCGUGGAAAAAUGUAUCAAGAAAUGUCUCGGUGACCCAAAUCCAGGAGUUCGAGAGAGCAUGCGUGGUACUUUCUGGACUUUUAACCAGAUCUGGCCGGAUCGAGGCGAAGAGAUCAUGUCAUCGCUGGACGCCAAAUCAAAGGCAUUGCUAGAGAAAGAUCCCCACAACCCCAAUGCUGCACCUGCGCCUGAAGGUCGCUCUCGUCAGACCUUUUCAAGUAGUGUUUCGGCAUCAACUCAGCGGCCCAGUCUCAAAGAAACGAUUGCAGCACAGAAGAGAGCCGCUGCAGCAAAGAAUAUCCCGGCCCAGAAUAUUCCACCCCGACCUGAAUCAGCGCAAUCCACAUUUGCCGACACGAAACCCACACGUCCUGUCUCCCGCACUCCGGCAGCAACCAAGUCUACGAGCAGUGUACGGACUGUUCCAACUGGUGCUCAUCUCUCUUCCCUAUCAUCUGCUCCUAUGCGGCCUGCGGUAAAGCCGCGACGACCUGAGUUAGCACGACCAGCCACAGCGGAUCCAUAUUCUGACCGACGGCCAGGGAGUGCAGCUUCUCAUGUGAAACCACUGAGCCCAGAGGUUAGUCCGGCGAAAGUGAGACCGAAAUCGGUUGCUACACCUAGUGCCAAAUCACCGGCACGACCCAAGUCAAGAGCUGGCGCGGCUCCAGCAAGCAGUACUACGAGGAGUAAACCAAAAAGACUGGAUAUUUCCAGCUUGAAGAAUGGCGAGUUUCGCGCUCCGGCUGGGUCUCGCAGUGACUCCGAUGAUAUCACCAAGGCUCUUCCUACGAUAGAGAAUGAGCUAGUAGAGCCAUCACCACAUUACGAAGAACCUCGUCCGAUUCAGCACACAAAUGUGAUUGCAUUGGAUGACCAUGACGCCAUGCCUACCACACCUACCACGCCUGCCAUGCCUGCCACGCAUACACAGGACGAUGCGAUGUCGCUUGAAGAGUCUCCAGUCAUUGAUCACGAAAAAUCUAUCCUCGUCAACGCAAUCACAUCUCCAUCCCGGCUUUCAGUAACACAUUCACGAACAAAUAGUGUUGAGACAAAUGGCACGUCUUCCUCGGUCUUGGUCUCUCCUCGCGCACGCCAUUCACGUCAUGGCAGUGACGACAGACCGAGUCAUAUACCAAGCCCUAUUGCUUCUCGGUCAUUAGUAUUCGAAGAGCCACGACCUGUUGGUCUGACAGUCUAUGAAGACCCAGAGACGAAUGCUAGCGCUGAAACGACUCAGUCCGAUAUUAUUGCGCAGAGUCCAGAAGUCCCUAAAAAGCCGGUCUUGGAAGAGAUUCCUGUCAACGAGCCCAGCGCACCCACACCACGCGUAGCAAAACAGCAGGCAGUGCCUGCCAGUUCAAUGAAUGUAAAUGUCGCAUCACCAAGUUCAUUGGAUAAUAGUCAAAGAAUUUUGGGAAAGGUUGGAGCAGAGAGACGUCGAAGCCUCAGUCCUAGAUCAAAGGACCCUACGAAAGCCAAAGAAAUGAUGGAUAAAGGUAUCACUCGCAUUAAAGCAAAGGCUUUGGACGUACAUGGAUACCGCAAACUGCAAGGCCUUAUCAAAUACCACGACUCGGUAUUUGUGGAUGAGUCAAAGUAUGAUGAGAUGCUGUUAGGACUUCUAGAUGCAUUGGAAGCUCCUACUGAUGACAAACGAACAUCGGUGCCUCGGUCGAUGGAUCUCAAGAUACAAAUCUUGGUUACUAUUCGACUCAUAUUUGCGUACAACAGAGCCUGGUUUGCCGUUCAUUAUCCUCGGGUGAUGACUGCACUCCUUAAUACACGCAAAAACUACGAACUUACCCAUCACAUUGUGAGUGGUCUUGAAGAGACGGCGGAAGAUAUCAUUGCUUCCUGUGAAGCCGUGGAUGUGAUAUUUGCUGUUCUUGAUUUGAUCGAGACAGAAAAACAUGACGAUGAAGGCAAUCGUGCCAUCACGAUGGGUAUCUAUAUUCUUUCAGGUCUACUCAAGCGUCUCAACAAAGACCACAGGACGUUGAACGAGGGUGAGAUUGAACGAUUAGGACGGUUUGCCAACGCCAGCCUUGCGCAGUCGCAACCCGAUAUAAGACGAGCUAUUACCGAAUUUAGCGUGGAAUUACAUGACAUGGUGCAGAAUGAGGAGGUGUUCUGGCGCAUGAUCAAUCCUGCUGGGAAUGAUCAGCGCAACUUGUUGACCUACUUUAUUGCAAAGAAGUCGUCCCAAGUUGUUCGAGCAUGA